CUCGAGAUCCGGUCCUUUGAGCUCGGCGUCUGCGUGCAGCCCGACCGGCCAAGCGAGCUCGUCGAGCCGCUCGGAAGCGGAGAGCAGGCCGAGCGGGCGCGCCCGCCCUCGGUGUGGGCGCAGGCCAUCCCUUUCCACAUCGAGCGCCGCGUGCCGUGCGCCGACCCGUUUGUGAGCCGCUCGCUGACGUACACCGAGGGCAAGGCGGAGAUGGGGCACCUAAACUACUGA